UGUCUGUUUUUAUUUUCCGUGUUAUUGUUACAUUGUUCAGUUAAUAACCGGUAUUACAUAUAUCAACAAAGGGAAAUCUUAAAUCUCUAAUUUUAAAAAUAAUAUCAGUUGCAAUGUCUUGGUCAACUGGAUUAGUCAAAGACAUGUUAAAACCCGAAAACAUGAUAAUUUCAUCAGAACUCGGAGUUGUUAUAGCAGAUAAGUUUCCCAAGGCGCUGCAUCACUACCUAGUGCUUCCCUUAGCCGAUAUUUCGAGCAUAUUUCAGUUGAACAAGAGUCAUCUGCCGCUCUUGGAGGAACUUCUUCUUCUGGCCCGAAACGUUGUGGAGGUCAAAGGAGUGCGCUGGGAGGACUUUCAGGUGGGAUUUCAUGCGGAGCCAAGCAUGCAAAGGCUACAUUUGCAUGUUAUAUCCACCGAUUUUGUUUCCCCAAGUCUAAAGACUAAAAAACACUGGAACUCCUUCAACACCGAGCUAUUUGUGCCAUACAAAAAACUUUGCGAACAGCUGGAGAAAAAUAACUGCUUUGCGCGACUGCCCAAAUCGCUGGUAGACGAGUUGCUGUCCAAGCCGCUAAAUUGCAACCAGUGCAACUUUGUGGGAAAAAAUUUGCCAACACUCAAGGAGCAUCUGGUGGAUCACCUUCAAGAUAACAUUCGCAAGCGAACCACUAGCGAAUCAAUUAAAAUGGAAAAAGACGAAAAGGCGUUUUUUCGGGAUGAGCUAAAGCGCAAGCUAAAUGACAAGAGGAACUUCCUUAUCGAGACUGAUCGGGCGGUGGUCAUCAAAGCGGAUUUCCCUAAAUCGCAGUAUCACUUUCGCGUAGUGGCUAAGGAGGAGUUGGGGGAUGUAACUAAGAUAACUGGAGAACAGCUGCCUUUGUUGGAUCACAUGAUGGAACUGGCCAAUCAAAUAAUCGAAAAGCAGGAACACCUGGAGUCAGUUAACUUUCGCAUUGGUUUUAAAGUCCACACCUUUUGGAACCGCCUCAAUCUGCACGUAAUAUCAGAUGAUUUUUACUCCAUGGCUAUGAAACGUCCGCGCCACUGGAAUAGCUUUAAUACGGAGAUAUUUAUGCCCUUUCAAAUGGUCCACAUGAUGCUCAGCCUCCAGGGCUCCAUUGAACCUAUGUCGGAGGAGAAGUUUAAGGAGCUUCAGCUUCAGAGGCCAUUGCGUUGCAACCAGUGCGAUUUUUCCACCGAGUUGUUGCUAGAUCUAAAAGCUCAUCUAUACCACCACUGGCAGCGUAAGGAAGGCGAACGCGAGCAUAAGAAAAAAAUGGAAAAAAUAAUUCAAAAGCUGGAUGAGGCGAAGCUAGACACGCCGGUAAAACCAGCAGAACCAGCUGAAGUUUCUAGCCAAAAUCAGCCGGCAGCUGAAAGCGCCCAGUUGCCCAAUCAAAACCCGAGAAAUCCCUUCCAAACCCCUCAGCAACUGCAGGCACAGCUUCAGGCCGAGAACGGAUAUAGCCAGAAUAUAUAUGGACCACCGGUCAACAUGAUGAAUCUGCAGAAUCCCAAUAAUCCGUUUCGCAACACUCCGUCUCUUAACAUUCAGUCCAUGAAUCCGCCGCAGCCCAAUAGGUUUAAUUACCGGCCGCCCGGCUAUAGGCCACGUGGUCCUAUGCAAAAUCAAGGACCUAGAGCUCAUUGGAACGGACCUCGAUUUCCACCUCGUCAACAGCAAAACGUCUUCAGGCAUCCGGGAGCAUCGCCUCCAAUGAACUUUCCAGGAGCUCAGCCUUAUCCAAUUCAUGCUGGACCCAGUGGUCAACCCAAUGGACCUCGACCAAAAUGGGUGCCACAAAAUGUAGGACAGCAGAACCAACAGUAUCCGAAUCAACAUAAUCAGCAGAACUCUAAUCAUCAGCAGCCGAAUCAGAAUCGCUAUCAACCAAAUCGCCCACAAAGGUAUAAUCCUAAUCAAGUAAACCGUCAGAAUCCAGAUCCGAAUCGCCAGAAUCCUCAACCGAAUCGCCAGAAUCCAGACCAAAAUCGCCAAAAUCCGAAUAACCAGAACCAAAAUCAAAAUAAAAAGGCAGCAAACCAAAAAAAUCAGCAGCAAUCUUCUGGCAAACCACAAAACCAGGCUCCACCACCUGCCAACAAUUCAAAACCAGCUGGUACUUCCUAGAUCAUUUAUAUUAUUUAAGCCAUUUAAAAUUGAUUACAACAUUUUUUUUUUAAUUGGCUUACAAUAACCACAUAAAAACCAAGUUAAAAAUCACUCCUGUGUUUUAUCAACUAAAAUUUUUUUAAAAUACCAACAUUUAUUUAUAAAACCUUGCAGUAAGGUUACUCAUUUAAUGUAAAUUUUAACGCCUUUCCAAGGCGGAAAUAACAAAAAAAAAAUUUCAAACAAAUUACAGAAACUUAAUUAUACAAUUUUUAAAAACGCAACUUUGUGACAUUAAGUGUAAAACACACUGGUUGUUAUUAAUGCCAAUAUACCUUCAUCCAUUCCUUUACCAAAAGAAUGUAAAUCAAAUUACAGAAAUUGGAUUAAAUUAAAAAAAAAAAAUGAAACCAUGUGACUUUGAAUGUUAAACACACUGAUUAUUAUUGAUGUCAACAUCUAAUUCCUAUACCAAAUCAAUGUAAAACAUUACAAGAACUGAAUUGAUUGGAUAUAAUGAUUAAGAAACAAAACUAUUUGAUAUCGAAUUUAAACACACUCAUUCCUAUACCAGAAUCAUUUAAAUCUUAUUAAACGAUCUGAAUAAAUUGGAUAUAAUGAUUACGAAACAACUAUUUGUUUUCGAACCUAAACAUACUUGUUAAAUUUAAUACCAAUUACUAAUUUUGUCGUGCUUCAACAAAAUAAAUAUUUGUGUAUGAACAUGAAUAGUUCUAGGAA